AUGUUCAGGCUAUCUGCGAGGAGUAGCUUGUUCCGGGCCGCCUCCGGUCCGUCAUCAAUCAUCAGAGGACCUUCGGCUGCCGCUACUGCAGGACGAUUCGGAGUGCAGCAAGCGGCUUACAGAAGAAACAUAUCCUCUUCUACCGCUUUGUACAAGGAUAACGAGAAGGUUCCGGCGGCAGCUAUCGAUGCAGAGGGCGGUUUGGCUCGAACAGACGAUAGCGUGAGAGUUGAGUACCCUCCGGACGAUGAGAUGCCACAGACCCCUAUCGUGCAAGGCCGGGGAGGUCGACAUUUCAAGCGGACGUUGGCCUCAUUCUCGCUCGAGGGCCGAGUAUCCGUGAUCACAGGGGGUGCGCGCGGAUUGGGACUGGUUAUGGGCCAAGCAUUGGUCGCAUCUGGCUCCGAUCUUGCCAUUGUCGACUUGAACAAACAGGAAGCAGAGCUUCAGGCAAAAAAGCUGCUGGAGCAGUUUGAGAAGGAAAACCCGGGCCUUGACCGCCUACCAAAAAUCACAGCUCACUAUGCGGACGUGGGCGAUCCCGAGUCUGUUAAUGCCAGCAUUGCCGAGAUUAUCUCGAAACACACCAAGAUAGACCACCUGGUCACUUCGGCUGGCUUUACCGAGAACUUCGACGCCAUCAGCUACCCUUACGAUCGCAUCCAGAAGCUGUGGAAAGUCAAUGUUGACGGCUCCUACUUGUUUGCCGUCGAGGUAGCCAAGCAUCUGAUGGAACGCAAGGCUCCCGGCAGCAUGGUGCUGAUAGGAAGCAUGUCCGGCUCGAUUGUUAAUGUUCCACAGCCUCAGGCACCAUAUAACGCCGCAAAGGCGGCGAUCCGGCACCUGGCGGCUUCGCUGGCUGUCGAAUGGGCUGGAGCUGGCAUCAGGGUUAACUGUAUCAGCCCGGGGUACAUGCUGACUGCAUUGACACAAAAAAUCCUUGAUGACAACCCAGACCUGAACCAGAAAUGGACCUCGCUGAUUCCCCAGGGCAAGAUGGGUGUGCCGGAGGAUCUUAUGGGUGCCGUCGUCUUCCUUACGAGUGACGCUAGCAAGUACGUCACCGGCGCGGACCUGCGUGUUGACGGCGGAUACACCGUCACCUAA